AUGGCAUCCAUAUGCGCAUUCAGCAUUCCCAUGCGACGGAUACUCAGCCCAGCACUGGCAUCUGGUACCGGCAUCUCUUGUCAACACAACGCAGCCCAUAGAGCUGCAGGCGCAAUUGCGACAUACCGAAAUUUUUCCUCGUCUCCUCUGCACCGCGACCCGGAACCAUUCAAGGAUGGCAAAGAUCCCCGGACGCCACCGACGGCAAGUUCACCAGAAAAGGCUUAUCCCAACUUUAGCCUCCGCGACAAGGCCUAUGUUAUUACGGGAGGUGGGCGCGGAUUGGGUCUGGUGAUAGCAGAAGCCAUGGUACAGGCAGGUGCAAAAGUGCAUUGUUUCGAUCGACUGGACACCCCGCACCCCGACUUUGCACUGUCGCAGGAGGCAUCCAAGAACCUCAAUAGCUCAAUCCAUUACCAUCACGUCGACGUGAGGGACAGAGAGAAUCUCAACAAGACGAUCUGCGGUAUCACAGAAGAACACGGUCAGAUCGAUGGACUGGUUGCGGCAGCAGGGAUCCAGCGUGUCAAAGACGCAGUGGACCACACGCCCGAAGACGUUGCAGAAGUGAUGGACGUCAAUUUCACGGGGGUCUUCAUGUCUGCCAAUGCCGUCGCACAGCAGAUGAUGGCCACCAGCCGACCGGGAUCCAUCGUGCUCGUUGCCAGCAUGUCCGGCAUGAUCGCCAAUAAAGGGUUGGUCUGCCCGGCAUACAAUGCCUCCAAGGCCGCAGUCAUUCAGCUCACGCGAAACCUGGCCAUGGAAUGGGGCAAGCACGGGAUUCGAGUCAACGCGCUGUGUCCGGGCCAUAUCGUUACCCCCAUGGUAUAG